AUGUUCCCGACGAACCCCGUCCUCUCAAAAGCCCUGCGCCGGGCACUCACGCCCAAACGCGGCAAUAAGGACUACUACAAGGGUACGCGCCAGGCCUUCCUCCCUGGUGGACACCGCACGGGCGCGCCCGGAAAGCACGUCGUUCGCGGAAAGGCGAAGUACCGGUUGGUCGAUGAGCAGGUUCGGGUGUUUGUUGCGCCCCCUAUAGAGGAGAUCCAGGCAUCUGCACUCAAACCCUACGUCUCCACGCAAGUCCGCGUCUCUCCCAAGGACUUGAACGAGGAGCUCUACGGCAAGCUCCCCCGUGGUGGCCUCACCGGCCAGCAUUUCUUCAACAUCGCUACUCGCUCCUCGGAGCGGGCUGGUGCCCCCUCCCGCGCGUCGUCAUGA